CAAAGUUUGACUCUGGAGUCUGGAGAGACUCGGAGAGAAGUGUGAGAAGUUUGUUAUCAUUUCCCCAUAUUAAAAUAGAGCGAAAAAUGUUGUGUUUUUCGUCGAUUUUCUACUGAUACCACCUACAUAAACUUUGAACAGCAGAGAAAGUAAGCCUUCCUUUAUUCCUUCGGUCUAGGACUUACUAGGCAAACCCUAACUUUGUCAUCUCGGAAGCGAAUCUCUUCAAACGGCAGGUGUUUGAAGUAAGAUUUCAAUCACUUUCAUUCAGUAUAUGAAACGAAGAUUGUGUACUUUUGUUCUUUCAUUCUACUUUACCAGUUCAGGUUUCAGUAUCCAUCAUCGCUUACAUAGUUCUGUAUUGUAUAUAGGAAACUUGGUUCAAUGGAGGGAGCUUCGAAUUCACAAGCUUGUUCAACGUUAUCUUGUGUGCGGUGUAGCAAGCCCGCAAAUCUUCAAUGCCCUAAGUGUGUGGAAUUGAAGCUUCCUCGUGAAGAUUCUGCAUUCUGCACUCAGGAUUGUUUCAAGGUAUCAUGGAGUUCUCAUAAGUCGCUGCACUUGAAAGCCAAGUUGUCCACCGUUAGUGCAGUCACUCCAGAGGAACAAAGUUCAACCCUGCCUAACGAAGGUUGGCUAUAUUGCUUAAAGAAAGGCCAGGCUCGUGCUGCAAAACUACCUCAUUUUGAUUGGACAGGGACUCUAAGACCAUAUCCUAUAUCGAAACAGCAUCCUGUACCGGCUCAUAUUGACAAACCAGACUGGGCAAUUGAUGGAGUUCCAAAAAUUGAGCCCAAUAGUGAUCUGCAGCAUGUUGUGGAGAUCAAAACGCCGGAGCAGAUUGAGAGAAUGAGGGAAACAUGCCGAAUUGCAAGGGAGGUUUUGGAUGCAGCUGCUCGUGUAAUUCGACCUGGCGUGACAACUGACAAAAUUGAUGAAGUGGUCCAUGAGGCAACGAUUACUGCGGGAGCAUAUCCGUCUCCGCUAAAUUACCAUUUCUUCCCGAAGUCUUGCUGCACGUCAGUUAAUGAAGUUAUCUGCCAUGGAAUCCCAGAUGCGAGGAGAUUAGAGGAUGGGGAUAUUGUAAAUGUUGAUGUGACUGUGUACUAUAAAGGUGUCCACGGUGAUCUUAAUGAAACAUACUUUGUGGGGAAUGUUGACGAAGCAUCUCAGCAUCUUGUCCGCAGUACUUACGAGUGCUUGGAGAAAGCUAUAUCCAUAGUUAAACCUGGAGUACGAUUUCGUGAAGUUGGUGAAGUUAUUAAUCGGCAUGCUUCAAUGUCUGGGUUAUCUGUGGUGAGAUCAUACUGCGGUCAUGGUAUUGGAGAGCUAUUUCACUGUGCCCCAAAUAUUCCCCAUUAUGGCAAAAAUAAAGCAGUUGGUGUGAUGAAAGCUGGGCAGACCUUCUCAAUUGAGCCAAUGAUCAAUGCAGGAGUUUGGCGUGAUCGGAUGUGGCCUGAUGGAUGGACAGCUGUUACUGCAGAUGGUAAAUGCAGUGCUCAGUUUGAACACACUCUGCUGGUCACAGAAACUGGAGUUGAGGUUCUUACAGGACGGUUACCGAGUUCACCCAAAGUAUUUCCAUGGCUUAAUGUGUGAGUCACACCAGACUAGUCUGAGCCUACAACUUCAAUUUGCACAUUUGGGUCUUGGAAACAAGCCAAAUGUUAUUUUGUUGCUGUAGACCAACAACAUUUACAUGGAAUAGGGGUCAUGCUUUAGUGGUGUCAUUUGCAAAUCAUUAGCAGCUGGUUAUAUGUUCAUUUCAUCCUGCUAUCUUUUGCCGAAACCAUCCAGAAUGAUGAGCUGGUGUAUUGGAUGUCCUACAUGCAGGUUGGAGAUUUGAAGAUGAAACUUCCAUUUUAUUUUAUUUUAUUUUUGUUAUUGUUUUUUAUUCGGCUCAGGGCUGGUGGGGGUGAGAAAAGUUUUGACUUUGAUGAUUCUCCAGUUUUUUUGACAUUUUAUUUUUAGUUUUUGGAAGCAUUGUCAUUUCUUACUGUAAUUUUUUAGAUGCUAAACGCAGACAGCAGAGACAUUGGUUUUCAACAUUCAAUCCAGACCGCUUGAUUAAGAAUAAAUAAAUAUCCAAUUCUGGGAA